UUGCUACAAUUGUUGUUGACCGACGAACGCGACGCGCGGUUAUUGUUCGGCCAGAUAGCCGACGUUGUAUCACGGGUGGUACCCCCCUGUCAUUUUUUGCGUCAUUGUCGUAAAUAAAGAGAUAAAAAAUAAAUAAUUACAAUUGGGAAUGCGCGCGACUCGGUGCCGCGGUCUCCGCCGCUUCGUCGAAAAUUAUUGUGUCGCGCGACCGCCGAACGUAAUAACGUGUGAAAUAUUGAAAUUUGGAAAUAAUAUCGCUUUCUUCCCUCGAUCGUCGCGUUAAAUCGCGUUGGCGCACUGUAUAGAUGUAAUCUGAAAAUUAUCUGAUUACGCUCAACAAAUCGGCCGAUAACUGAUAUCUACUUUAGUAAUUCUCGCAGUGAUACGGAGUUCAGUUGGAUUCGGAUCUCGUUUAAUCGGCAUUGUCGCGAAACGAAUGAGCGGAAAAUUUUUCUUUUCAUCUUACAAUUUCUCGUCCGGUAUCCCCGUUAAACGAACGUCGAUAGGAAAAAAUCGAGGUGCGAAAAUCGGUGAGGAAACGGACGAGGGAAAAGAGGUAACCGAAAUAUGAACGAGGAGGAUUUCGGCUUCGAGGCGAGGGAUCGAAAGGUCCUGGAGAACGUAUUGGUCGGCCCUACGAACGAGGAGAAAAAAAGGGAGAAGGGCGCGGGGGAAAACGAGGGGGAGGUAUCCGGCGGUGCGGUAACAGGUGGAUAUGACCGUGACGUCGGUGUGCAGGUGCAGGUUAAUAAAAGUGGAGGAGAUAAUGGAUCGUUUUCGAGAGGGGAGGAGGGUCGGGUCGGCGGAGGAAUACCGGAAACAGGAAGCGGCGUUGCGUCCGUCGCAGUCGAAGGUAAUGCGGAACAAUCGUCCUUAGUCGCCGGCGAACCACCGAGCAUACCGAACGUCGUCGAGUAUCAUUUGAAAGUGAAAAGUACGGGGAACAAUAGCGGUGAGAAGAGCCGAAAUAUCGACCCGGGCCGCUUGUCGUUCGGCAAAAGAAUUGCUAAACCGGAAGUUGGCAAGAGAUUCGCCAGCGGCGAAUCCAGCGGUAGGAAAAUAGCGGGCAGGGAACCGUCGAGGAUGGCCCUCGACAACAACAACAGAGGGCUGGGCGAGUCGUCGGAACUACCGCAAACCUUCCAGGUGAAAUACCUCGGGUCGCACGACGCCAGAGGACUGUGGGGUAUAAAACACACGAGGAAACCGGUGGACAACAUGGUGAGCGCGGCAAGGUCGCUACCGGCUGGCACUAUAUUACCUUUCGUCAAAUUGGUCGUCAGCAAGGACGGGGUCGGACUUUUACCGCUCGGUUUGAAACGACACGACGCCGGAAUAUCCAAGAAAUUUUCCAUCGACACCAUAUCGUACGGCGUUCAGGAUCUGGUUUACACGAGGGUAUUCUCUAUGAUUGUGGUGAGGGAAACUGGACAGAAUCAGGGGAUAUCGCCGUUCGAAUGUCACGGAUUCGUAUGCGAAUCGAGGAAUCACGCGCGACAACUGACCUACGCUCUUGCGAACGCGUUUCAAAUUUACAGCCAGAGCGUCAAGGCGCAAGGGAAGGCCGAGGAAACGGCCGGUAACAUAAAAAAAAGAUUCGCCAUCGACCUGAGAACCCCGGAGGAAAUCGAAGCGGAACUGACGCUGGAUUCGGAAGCGUGACACGGAAAUGAAGUAAAUUAUGAAAAAAUCAAAUCGAUCGGCGAAAUAGCAUCGCUAUCCGGUUCCGCAUUAGGGCGGAAAUUUCGGCAGAUUUUCGAGAUGGGAGUAGGAGCGGAAACGCACCGCGGUAAUCCCUGUGGAAAAAUGAAAAUUUCAAAAAAUUAAUCCAUUCGUUAUUCUCGCCGUAUGCGCGAAAGAUAAAUACCGAUGCAUUUCUCUUCGUGGAAAGGAAAUAUUCUACUUUUCUUUUCAAUUGGAUCUAUUGGCGAUAUUCUCAAUUGUACGAUGUGUAUUGUAAUUAUAGUGAUAGCGCAAUCACCCCCCCCCCCCCCCCCCACCUGUUAACAAAAGUAUUCUUUUCUUUUAGAUUAAUGAGAAACUAGAGAAAUAUAAAUCAUAUAUUUUUAGCUUUAGAUGACUAAAAUGAGAAAUUGUUCAGUUUAUAUUAUAAUUGUAAUGUUGAAUUACACGGAAUGUAUAAUA